CGUCAUCAUUCACUGGGACAAAAGAGCUCGCGCUCCGCUUCUCUCUCCCAUUCUCGCUUCCCCCUACAUCGCCCUCCACACUAGGCGACCUCCCCCGGGCAUGCCGAAGAAAAGGAACAUAAAGUCCUUCAAGCCAACCGCGGGCUCAUCGUCCAGUAUCGCCGCAGACAGGCCCCAACGGAGUGUCAACGAGCUGCUAGCAAACUUGCGUCGUACCUCGAUUGGACCAUCCGCGGCCACCCAGCCCGCUCACCCAGCCACCGCCCCGAGCGUUCCUCCUGUCAUCAGGGAGAUUCUCCAGAUCCCCGAAACCCCUGCGCCCCGUUCCCGACGCCCUGUUCGCCAAAGGUUCGAUGGAAAUGGCAGGAGACUUCCCGCCGGACCUCCUCCCCCUCGGAGCUGGGUCUCCCGUAGCCUGACGGACGAUGCUAACUCUGGCGCCUGGUCGGGCGCUUCGCGAUUGAACCUGUGUCUGGCUGACACGAGUUUGCCUGGGACCUACCUCCCUGCGCGAGGGAGUCUCAUAGACAUUGUGUUACGGAAGCUGGCGUACGAUUGGGAUUUCCAUCGCGUGUACAAUCAAUAUCAUCUGUACUUCGUGCCCAAUCAUCUCAAGGCAGCACUGAUACGCUUUGUUGGCAUUGCCAGCGAAGAGGGUCUGUCUCUGAGCGACCUCAAGGCAAUUCUCCUGCCGCCCCCGGAUACCUUCACCGAGGAUGACCUGGAGGGCCGAACCAUUUCCAAUGGCGAGGUGAACUACCUCGAUCUUUCCGGCUCUAUCGGCCGUUCCCUUAAGCUGAAGGAUGUUGGUGAACUACUUUUCCCGACAACAGAUCAGGAUUCGACGGAGCCCCAGGAUUCUUGGGACGUACCCGAGACCGUUCUAAGCCCUCCCCGAACACUUCUCCCGAACCUCACCCACCUAUCGCUCGCCCUAGAUCCCCGCCAUGCCUCGUCUGCAUCCUGGAAACAGCUCAUCGGGUUGUCUUCCAAGCUCACCUCCCUCACCCAUCUGAGUCUCGCUUAUUGGCCCGAUCCGUGUCUCAUCACCCGGGGCCGCCAAUCUUUCGUCGCCUCACCCCAGGGCAACAUCCCGUAUGGCGGGACCAACCUCUACUCCCACUCCAUCGAUCACGAUUGGAGCGAAGCCCUGCUCGUCCUGCGUCUGUUGAGUAAGAACCUGUACGCACUCGAGUUUCUGGACCUCACUGGCUGCACGCCAUGGUUCAAGGCCCUCUUGGCUGAGUCUGAUCAUGACCAUGUGGACUGGGUCACCAACUGGGGCAAGAUCACUGAGCUACGACUCUACACGGGAUUAAAGCUUGGCGAUGACGCACUUCCAUCGGAGAGAACUAACUACAGAGAGGCUAUCAAUAUGGCCAAGAAUGUUGAGAGACAUAUCAGGGCCUCGAGGGCUGGCAAGGGGAGAUUCGUCGUUGUCGAGAGAGACGAACUAGAUACCUAGACUACUAUUUAAUAUACACAAUCCUCCAAUAGGCUAAACACUGCAAGAGCCCAUGAUAUA